UGCACCAUGGCCUCAGGCUGUUACAAUAAGAUGUCAGGGUGUUACACCACAGCCUCAGACUGUUACAAUACGACCGUAGGAUGUUACACCACGGCCUUAGACUGUUACAAUACGACCUUAGUAUGUUACACCAUGGCCUCAGACUGUUACAAUACGACCUUAGUAUGUUACACCAUGGCCUCAGACUGUUACAAUACGACCAUAGGAUGUUACACCACGGCCUCAGACUGUUACAAUACGACCAUAGGAUGUUACACCACGGCCUCAGACUGUUACAAUACGACCUUAGUAUGUAACACCAUGGCCUCAGACUGUUUCAAUACGACCAUAGGAUGUUACACAAUGGCCUCAGACUGUUACAAUACGACCUUAGUAUGUUACACCAUGGCCUCAGACUGUUUCAAUACGACCAUAGGAUGUUACACCACGGCCUCAGACUGUUUCAAUACGACCAUAGGAUGUUACACAAUGGCCUCAGACUGUUACAAUACGACCUUAGUAUGUUACACCACGGCCUCAGACUGUUACAAUACGACCAUAGGAUGUUACACCACGGCCUCAGACUUUUACAAUACGACCAUAGGAUGUUACACCACGGCCUCAGACUGUUACAAUACGACCAUAGGAUGUUACACCACGGCCUCAGACUGUUACAAUACGACCAUAGGAUGUUACACAACGGCCUCAGACUGUUACAAUACGACCAUAGGAUGUUACACAAUGGCCUCAGACUGUUACAAUACGACCAUAGUAUGUUACACCAUGGCCUCAGACUGUUACAAUACGACCAUAGGAUGUUACACAAUGGCUUCAGGCUGUUACAAUACGACCUUAGUAUGUUACACUAUGGCCUCAGACUGUUACAAUACGACCAUAGGAUGUUACACCACGGCCUCAGACUGUUACAAUACGACCAUAGGAUGCUACACAAUGGCUUCAGACUGUUACAAUACGACCUUAGUAUGUUACACCACGGCCUCAGACUGUUACAAUACGACCAUAGGAUGCUACACCACGGCCUCAGACUGUUACAAUACGACAUUGAGGUGUUACACCAAGGCCUCGGGCUGUUACAAUACGACAUUGAGGUGUUACAUCAAGGCCUCAGGCUGUUACAAUACGACGUUGAGGUGUUACACAUAGGCCUCGGGCUGUUACAAUAUGACCUUAGUAUGUUACACCAUCGACUCAGGCUGUUACAAUACGAUGUCGGGGUGUUACACCAAGGCCUCAGGCUGUUACAAUACGAUGUCAGGGUGUUGCACCAUGGCCUCAGGCUGUUACAAUAAGAUGUCAGGGUGUUACACCAUGGCCUCAGGCUGUUACAAUGCGACGUUGAGGUGUUACACCAUGGCCUCAGGCUGUUACAAUAUGACCAUAGUAUGUUACACCAUGGCCUCAGGCUGUUACAAUACAAUGUCGGGGUGUUACACCAAGGCCUCAGGCUGUUACAAUACGACGUGAGGGUGUUGCACCAUGGCCUCAGGCUGUUACAAUACGACAUUGGGGUGUUACACCAAGGCCUCGGGCUGUUAUAAUACGACGUUGGGGUGUUACACCAUGGCCUCAGGCUGUUACAAUACGACGUCGGGGUGUUACACCAAGGCCUCAGGCUGUUACAAUACGACGUCAGGGUGUUGCACCAUGGCCUCAGGCUGUUACAAUACGACAUUGAGGUGUUACACCAAGGCCUCGGGCUGUUACAAUACUACGUUGAGGUGUUACACCAAGGCCUCGGGCUGUUACAAUAUGACAUUGGGGUGUUACACCAAGGCCUCUGGCUGUUACAAUGCUACAUUGGGGUGUUACACCAAGGCCUCAGGCUGUUACAAUACGACGUUGAGGUGUUACACCAAGGCCUCAGGCUGUUACAAUACGACGUUGAGGUGUUACACCAAGGCCUCAGGCUGUUACAAUACAACGUCGGGGUGUUACACCAUGGCCUCAGGCUGUUACAAUACGACGUCGGGGUGUUACACCAUGGCCUCAGGCUGUUACAAUACGACAUUGGGGUGUUGAACCAUUGCCUCAGGCUGUUACCAUACGACGUCGGGGUGUUACACCAAGGCCUCAGGCUGUUACAAUACGACCUUAGGAUGUUACACCAUGUCCUCAGGUCAUUCCAAUGCGAGGAUAGGAUGUUACACCAUGGCUUUAGGUCGUUGCAAUACGACGUCAGGGUGUUACACCAAGGCCUCAGGCUGUUACAAUACGACGUCAGGGUGUUGCACCAUGGCCUCAGGCUGUUACAAUACGACAUUGAGGUGUUACACCAUGGCCUCAGGCUGUUACAAUACGACGUCAGGGUGUUGCACCAUGGCCUCAGGCUGUUACAAUAAGAUGUCAGGGUGUUACACCACAGCCUCAGACUGUUACAAUACGACCGUAGGAUGUUACACCACGGCCUCAGACUGUUACAAUACGACCUUAGUAUGUAACACCAUGGCCUCAGACUGUUUCAAUACGACCAUAGGAUGUUACACAAUGGCCUCAGACUGUUACAAUACGACCUUAGUAUGUUACACCAUGGCCUCAGACUGUUACAAUACGACCUUAGUAUGUUACACCACGGCCUCAGACUGUUACAAUACGACCAUAGGAUGUUACACCACGGCCUCAGACUGUUACAAUACGACCAUAGGAUGUUACACCACGGCCUCAGACUGUUACAAUACGACCAUAGGAUGUUACACCACGGCCUCAGACUGUUACAAUACAACCAUAGGAUGUUACACAACGGCCUCAGACUGUUACAAUACGACCAUAGGAUGUUACACAAUGGCCUCAGACUGUUACAAUACGACCAUAGUAUGUUACACCAUGGCCUCAGACUGUUACAAUACGACCAUAGGAUGUUACACAAUGGCUUCAGGCUGUUACAAUACGACCUUAGUAUGUUACACUAUGGCCUCAGACUGUUACAAUACGACCAUAGGAUGUUACACCACGGCCUCAGACUGUUACAAUACGA